AUGGCACAGAAAAGGAUAAAUCGCGCGUAUGUGGUCAUCACGAAUCGCGCGCCGCUAGAGCCGCGGAGAAUCGAUAUAGCACCUUUCACCAUCGCGCGCGCACUGCGCAAAGAACCAGGUGCCAGCCGCAGCCACCACCCUACUUUAUCGCCUACCGGCCUCUACAAACGGCUUUCUCCUGUUGAACUCUGGUGCACUGACAGACAAAUGUGGUUGAAAACG